UCCUCUUCGGUGUGAAUGGACAUCCAACUAUCGCUUUUUUUGUUAGUCGAGUUGGUUUUUAUUAACUUUAACCGCGUUUUAACUUAAAAACUUAAAAACAUCAUUCGAUGCAGGGUAGUCUCCAAUAACCAACAUAUCUGGUUUCUGGGAACUUUAAACCAUAAAAUAAUUACAUUAUCCUGGUACUUUGCAGCUAGCUUAGCUGAAGGUCCCUUUGCUGUGUUUAUAUGUCCACUUAAGGAGAUGGAGAGUUAUCCUGCAGUCACUGACGGAGAUUCUACAAAACAUCAAGAAAGACAUUAUUACCUGUUAUCUGAACUGCAAACCUUAGUCAAAGAUUUACCAAGCUCCUUCCAGCAGCGCCUGUCCUACACCACGCUGGGUGACCUGGCUCUAGCACUCAUAGAUGGCACGGUCUAUGAGAUUGUGCAGGGGCUUCUGGAUAUUCAGCAUCUCACAGAGAAAAAUCUGUACAACCAGAGGCAAAAGCUGCACUGUGAACACCAAGCACUUAAACAAGAUCUUGUACGAAAACACAAAGAUGCCUUGCAGUCAUGCAAGUCUCACAACCUCGCGCUUCUCAAAUCUAACCAACAAGCAGAGCAAGAGGCUCUGGAAAUUCGUGUGCGAGAGGAACAAAGAAUGAUGGAUAAGAAGAUUGUAGCAGAAAUGGAUCAAAAGGUGAUAGACCAGCAAAACACCUUGGAAAAAGCAGGAGUCCCCGGAUUUUAUAUCACCACUAAUCCUCAGGAGCUGACAAUGCAGAUGAACCUACUUGAAUUGAUCCUCAAGCUUCAACAGAAGGAGUCACAAUCUGGAUUCAUUUGAGCAAGAGGCCUGUUUGUGCCAAAAGAGGGGUAAAAGUCAUGCAAUGGCCACAGACUGCACAUGCUCAAAUUCCAGUAAUUGUGAGAUUCCACGUGUGUCGGUCAACACGUGGCAUUGUACUCUUUCACAACAUGUUUACCACUUCCCGUUAUAAGGGUAAUAUUCACCCGAAGUGCUGGUUCUCAAGUGGAUCCAGGAAGACGUUUCCAGUCCUGGGGAAAGCAGUAGCAGAUUGUGACAUCCUAUUGUAAAGCCAGGACACCCAUUAUGAAAUUAUGAAACAAAUGUCCUUUACAGACACAUAAUAUUGACAUUUAAGCAGAGUACUGAGGGAGAAGGCUCUGCCCGAAAUUAAAUAGUGGAGCAUCAAAAUGUAUGGGGUUACUGUUGUGACCCUCCUGCAGUGAGAUGGUCUACCCGUAAGGGCCUCCUGAGUGUCAGGUAUUUUUUGCUACUAUUAAUACUUUAUUGCGUAUCAUGUUUUUGAUCUGUUUAGUUUGUUUUAGUUGUGUUGGUACAUUUACAUAGUAAUUUACUUUUUUUUUUUUAAGUUAAAGGGGCUGUACUUGACAUUCAGCACGUGAAAGGUGCUCUAGGGGAUGUCAUGUGUGUUUUAGGCUAAAUUUUUUGUCACAUACAGCAAACAUCUCCUCACUAUCUUGAGCUGCCUG